UAUAUAUAUAUCAUACAGUUAAGUCUAAUUAAUGUGUAAAGCUCUAAUCAAAAACGUUCACAAACAAUAGAGUUGAACACAAAAUAAAAAUGGCUGAUGGAACAGCCAACAACAAUUCACAGCGUUUCUUUGAAGAUUUUAACCCACGGAGUGAAUGGGUUCAUGAGGAGAAGGGUGACAUUCUCAUCAUUGAUGUUUCAGGGUUUACAAAAGAUCAGCUGAAAGUUUUCUUUGAAACAAAUGGAAGGAUAAGUGUGAGUGGAGAACGGUUAGUUGAAGGCAAGAAAUGGAUCAAGUUCAGGAAGGAGUUUAGCAAGCCAGAUAACUGUGAUGUCAAUGAAAUCAAGGCAAAGUUUGAUUGUGGGAUACUUUACGUGAUUCUGCCCAAACAGAACCAGAUCCAAGACCAAGACCAAAACCAAAACCAACAAGAACAAGAUGAUGAAGAGCCCAAAUCAAAACCAACAAUAACAACAACAACAGUAACAACAGCUGCAGAAGAGUCAAAUAUGAGGAAAAAUGAUGGGAAGGAAAUAAUGGAUUCCCAGACAAAUAUUACCAGCAGUGGUCCUUAUGGAGAGUCAGAAGUGGUCAGGCAUAUUAUGGGGGGCUCAGCAAGUUCAGGCAUCUACUGCUGAUCUUAGUUGUUGCUAUACUAGUGCUAGGACUGGGAAGGAAGUUAAAAGAUGAGGUAUCCAAGUUUAUUAAAUAUUGAAUGUCUUUGAAGUAUUAUUGCCAGUUGAAAAUUAUCUAAUAAAGAUAAAACUAAAAGCUGCUUCAAUGACCAUACCUUAGAAACAAAGAGAAAAAAAAAAAACCUUCAAAUAUUUGUAGUCUCUUGUUAUAAUAUAUCACAGAUAACAAAACCUGUCAUCACACUCCAUUCAUACCCAAUUUCCCAAAAUCUCAAAAAUAAAACUGUAGAGAAAAAGUUAAAAAAAGAAAAAGAAAAAGUCAUCAAUGAUUCUAUCCACUGCGCGCCCAUCCAUCUGCACCACCUCC